AUGGAAUCUGGAAGAAGGCAACAGAACACAGUUUACCCUUGCGCAGCAUGCAAAUCUCUCCGCCGUAGAUGCUCCGACGAAUGUGUCUUGGCCCCUUAUUUUCCUUCCUCGGAACCAUUGAGGUUCACCAUCGUCCACAAAGUUUAUGGAGCUAGCAACAUCGUCAGAAGGUUGCAGGAACUUCCGGAGCAUCAAAGAUCAGAUUCUAUUAAUAGCAUGGUUUACGAAGCUGCUGCAAGAAUCAGGGAUCCAGUUUACGGUUGCGCUGGUACAGUGACCCAACUUCAGCAGCAAAUUCUGGGGCUUCAAGAAGAGUUGGCGAAAGCGCAGGCCGAGAUCCUUAAUAUGCAAUGCCAGAUUGCCAAUUUAGUCUCGUUAAUUUGGAUGGAAAUGUUUCCGUCGCAAGAGCAAGAAACCAUUAGUGUCUCCGGGCUGCAGCAAGAUAUUAUCCAUAUGCCGGAAAAACAGCCAUUGGAUGACAGUGACACAACUAAUGGUUCUUUAGAACCACUUUGUACACAUGAGAAAGCUAUGGGCAUAUGA